CCUAUGUUUGUGUUUCUCCCUCCCUCCAGUUCAAGAGGAUGCUGAACCGCGAGCUGACGCACCUCUCCGAGAUGAGCCGCUCCGGCAACCAGGUGUCCGAGUACAUCUCCAACACCUUCCUGGACAAGCAGAAUGAUGUGGAGAUUCCUUCUCCCACGCAGAAGGACAGAGAGAAGAAGAAAAAGCAGCAGCUCAUGACCCAGAUCAGCGGAGUGAAAAAAUUAAUGCAUAGUUCAAGCUUAAAUAAUACCAGCAUCUCACGAUUUGGUGUGAAAACAGAAAAGGAAGACCAUCUGGCCAAGGAGCUGGAAGAUCUGAAUAAGUGGGGUCUGAACAUAUUUAAUGUUGCCAGGUAUUCCCACAACAGGCCGCUCACCUGCAUCAUGUACGCCAUAUUUCAGGAGCGAGAUCUACUGAAGACAUUCAAGAUCUCAUCAGACACCUUUGUGACGUACAUGAUGACAUUGGAAGACCACUACCAUUCGGACGUGGCGUACCACAACAGCCUGCAUGCUGCUGAUGUUGCCCAGUCCACCCACGUUCUCCUCUCCACCCCUGCACUGGAUGCUGUCUUCACCGACUUGGAAAUCCUCGCCGCUAUUUUUGCAGCCGCGAUUCACGACGUGGAUCACCCCGGUGUCUCCAACCAGUUUCUGAUUAACACAAAUUCCGAGCUGGCGCUGAUGUACAACGACGAGUCCGUCCUGGAGAACCACCACCUGGCAGUGGGCUUCAAACUGCUGCAGGAGGAGCACUGCGACAUCUUCCAGAACCUGACCAAGAAGCAGCGGCAGACGCUCAGGAAGAUGGUGAUCGACAUGGUAUUGGCAACAGAUAUGUCCAAGCACAUGAGCCUGCUGGCAGAUCUGAAGACGAUGGUGGAAACUAAGAAGGUGACCAGUUCAGGAGUGCUCCUGCUAGACAACUACACGGACAGGAUACAGGUUCUCCGAAACAUGGUACAUUGUGCAGACUUGAGUAAUCCCACAAAGUCCCUGGAGCUGUACCGGCAGUGGACGGACAGAAUCAUGGAGGAGUUCUUCCAGCAGGGAGACAAAGAGAGGGAAAGGGGAAUGGAAAUCAGCCCCAUGUGUGACAAACACACAGCGUCGGUGGAAAAAUCACAGGUCGGGUUCAUUGACUACAUCGUGCACCCGCUGUGGGAGACAUGGGCUGACCUGGUGCAGCCGGACGCACAGGACAUCCUGGACACUCUGGAGGACAACAGGAACUGGUACCAGAGCAUGAUCCCACAGAGCCCCUCACCCCCACUGGAGGAGCGGGGCCAGGACUGCCCCGGCCUGAUGGAGAAGUUCCAGUUUGAGCUGACCUUGGAGGAGGAGGAUUCGGACGGGCCCGAGAGGGAAGGCGAGAGCAUCGGCUACUUCCACAGCACGAAGAUGCUGUGCACGGGCAGCCCGGGGCAGGAGGACGUGCAGCGGGAGGCGAACAUAGAAAUUGUGACAGAGGACACGUCUCCCGUUGACACAUAAUGCCCUGCGCCUGUGUAAGUGGAUUGGAAACGCUUAACGAGCACGCAAGCGGUCUGGUGGGACUCGCCUGCAGCCUGGGCCUUGGGCCUGUGCCUGACAUUGGCUGACGGAUCUCCGGGUCCGUGGGGCCGUCGGGGCUCCGUGCUGAACAAUGGCUCAGGAAACGCCGUGAGUGAUGCUGGGGUGGCUGCGCGAGCUGCGGGCGCCGCGUGGCCUGGGGCUGCGGGCGCCAACACCGAGCGGCCCAGCGCGCGGCGGAGAGAUUGCGCACUGUUCGCUCCGGGACUCCAACCCGCCGGGCUGAUAGAAACUACUGAUCCAUAACUCUGCGUGUAGAACCUGCCCGCCCCACCGCCUGUCUGCAGACCUGUGUGCCUUCUUUGUAAACGCCCUCAUGUCUUUUCGAGAUCUGUUCGAUACACGGAGUUCAGUGUGAGCAGCGGCACCGAGUGUUCGGGAACCGACGGAUCCUUUUUGAUUCUUCCUGUUACAAGAAGCAGUCUUCCUUUUUCCGCGGGCAAUACCUGUCACUUUAUUGCAGUUAAUCACUUUUCCAGACUAAGAGAAGGGAUUCCCUCUGUUUUUGCAUUACGGCACUUUUAAUUAGUCUUCUGAAGGCCCCCCUCGUUGCCUGCCCCUCUGCCUGGGGUGGCUGCGGCACAGUGGCACGCAAACACCUUCGUGUUCCGCCUUCCCUUCGUUUAGGCCCACCGUCCUCCUCCUCCCGCACUGCCUUGAGCUCUAACACCUCCAUUACUGUUUAUAACAGUGUAUUUAUUACGUAAUGUAUAUACUGUAAUGUUUUGUAAGUUAUUAAUUUAUAUGAAUUAGCAUUGCCUGUCGGCGGCGAUGUUAAUUGUGUAGAAGACUCGGAAUAAGAGUUGCCUUUUAUUUUUCCUUUUUUUGUUUUUGUUUUUGUUUUCUCGUAACCUUUUGUAUUGCAUAAAGUACAAAACCUGAACACAGCUGAAGAGACAUACGCAACCCAGGGGACGGGGCGGAGGUGGCCGCGUCCUGCCCCAGCCUCCCGACAACCCAAUGUGAACCUCUAUGACAAAAAUGUGAACUGAUGUAAUAAUUGUGCUGUGAAACUCCUCCUGACGACGCCGUUGGGCACGGCGAGCGGUGCCACUCGGUUUGUAACAUACGUUUUGAGCUUCUGGUCCAACUCGUGACAACUAGUUAAUGACAAUAGCACAGUUGUGCAUGAUCAAUGGGUGUGUAUGUCUGUCGAACACUGCAUUGUUCCAGGUGGUUAUUUUCUUGUUUUCAAAAGUUUCACAACAACGUAUGUUAUAGUAUUAUAUAUUGUGUUCAGAUGCAUUCUUAAGAGAUUUUUAUAUGAAGUGAAUAAAUGAAUGCAUGACCCUGUC